AUGGCUCUAGCUGAACUUGGGCCCACUUCCCACAGAAUUCAGGGAAAGAGCUGCCCAGAGGUGAAGCAGUCUGCGAGUUCGCCGCGCAAGCCGUCCACGAUUAUCAAGGAGGCUACCGCCACCAAGAAGGCAACCACCUCGAAGCAAUUUGAUAUCCCCGAAGACGCCGCCUCUCAGGAGGGAACGGGUAUUAGCGGAAGCGGCAGUCACGAUGAUUACGAGGAGGACGAGAAGUACGAAGAGGAGCAGGGUGUUCGUGAGGGUCGAAAGCGACGCUUUGGAACACGCGGCUUCACUGGCAUGAAACGCCGCAAGCACUAG